AUGAAACCUCUACGCGCUAAUAUGGGCUUCCUCAUUACUUCGGCCUCGAAUCCCGCGACCCUCCCCCUUACGCGCUCUAGCCGCAAAAGACUUAUUGUUUUUGGCACGGAUAAAGAACACAAUUGGGGGACACAAGUGCGAUGUUCACGCAUAUAUAUAUUCGAUUUUACCGAAUCAACCCUUCUUUCACCGCUAUGUGGCCUAUUAUCAAGCCAGAUAUCGACCGCCCAAUUGCAUUUGAUGCACCGCCGCCGAAUCUCGAACACAUCAAAUCCAAAUCUCCGCUUGUUCAGACUCCCACAACCUGUCUUAUACGUGGCACCGAGGACGCCGAGCAUUGUCGUACAUGAAACGGGAGGAGGUACGGCAUGGAAAAUUCGAAAACGUUCCCAAAAGCCCCCUUUGCAAUCCUUACCACGAAAUUCGAGCAAAAUUCUCACCACACUCAACGACCUCUUUAUUGACCAUCGCCGUGUAUAUCGCAUGGUAGAACUCUUAACAGGUGCGCUCUACGAAAGCUACCCCUUAAUUACCAACUCUAGGGCUCAAACCUUAGCAUCAAAGGCCUUCAAGAUGUGCAAUUUCGCGUUCUCAUGUCCAAAUAACACUCACGAGAGCAUCAUUCUCCUCUGCGUCGAUAAAUCCGAACAGGACAACUUGGCUCUCGCGUAUGCGCUUCCUAUAACAAUAAACGAACCUGCAGUUACCCUGCUUCCUAAACAUCCCGAACCCCAAUUAAACUCUACCUUCUCCGCAAUUUGGCGUUGGGAGAGCGGGGGCUUUGACAGCGACUGGGAAUUCGUUAAUGAGGACUGUGCUUUGGAUUCUAGACUUCAAAUGGGAGAUAUGAGAUAUGAGGGAUCUGUUGCCGGUGAUGAUGGAUUAGUUGAUCUAGUUGCUACUGGAGACGACUGUUUGGAUGGAGGAAUUGCUAUGGAUGAUUUAAUAUUAGGACCGGAAAUUUAA